UUUUGUUCCGCAUGUCCACACCAUUUCACCGGGUUAGUAGGGUUGUUGGGUUAGGCUUGAGGACCCAGUUCAUCCGCUGAGGAUCACCAACAAUGUUUGUUCAGCAACUGGCUCUGCAAGCGACAACUCAAACACCGCCACCGCGUCAAGCCGCCUGCCUCCAGACUCGAGACCUUGUGUCCUCACUCCUCAGUCAUCUGAAUUGCUCUAUGCUCUCAAGAGUCGCAGCGCUUGCCGAGUCUCUCAAGUGAUGAGUUGCUGCUGAAGUGUUACACGCAGUGCGAGAGUGAACGAUUGAACCAACCAGGUGGACAACUCUUUCAAACAAAGUUGUUUCAACUAUCGGCUUGCUGCUAAAAACUACUCUCAGGAUGGUCAAUUGUGGUUCUUCAUGGUGUUGUGGACUGGUAUACUAUGGACUAAUGGAAGAUACACAGCUGAGAUAGUUAUCAAACAAAUAACAUUUCACAUGGUACAUUGGUGUUUGGGUGUGAAGGAUAAAAUAUCAUCCUUCAGACAAAGUAGGUUGAAAGCCAUUGUACCGUUGCCAAUCAUAGUACUUCCAUUUAGAGUGUGCAAAGUAAUCAUUCCCUAUUUCCCUAGACGAGCAUCAUAUUUCCCUAGACAAGCAUCAACAUGCAACCUUAAAUGGAGGCCAUUUCUAGGCAGCUACCAAGUACCAACCUUCCCAUGCAAGAUGAGUCAUAGUGCUGGACGGUCAUUGUAGCUUGGCGCAAGGAAAGCUAACCGCGAAUUCUUGCUCUGUUUGCUCCUGUUCCAGCUUGUAGAUGGGCCUCGAUAUCUAUCUGCGAGACCGGAUUUAAACCUUCCGCCGAGUUUGGAUUGCUCCUGUUUCUACUCUCUUCGAUUCAGAGUUAGGGUUGGCUAAAAAUUCUUCCGCCGAAGCCGCCGCAUCCAGGGAGUACCUUCUCUGCCCCGAUAAUCAUCACCUUUUAGCUAAGUUUAUUCUCUUAUUUUGCUUCUCUUUGUUUCUAUUUCAUUUCGUGGUAGGAUUCUCAUGUGCUAUGAUGUACUCUCUGCCCAUCAUAAAUAUAUAUAGAGAACAUUACAGAACUGUUUUUCCUUCUUCAAACUCACUUUUCUUGUUUGAGGUAUGUUAGUUUUGAUUAAUAGGUUUAUUGGUUAUUUGUUUUGGUUAAUGAUAAAGCAGUAGACUUAUUUCAUAAGAAGGUUUAGCUAGAACUCAACGGGGCAGGGCUCUACAUACUUUCAAGAUGUCAAGGCACAUCAUACCAUUGCUAUUGAUGUCAAGGCACAUCAUAGAAGAACACAGAAUUAUCAUCAAACAUUUGGAUUUAUCUCUCUUCAAACAUUUGGCAACACUAAGCUUCCACACAUGUUUAUCCCAAGGCCAGACACUACGCACAUAUUUGUGGAUAUCGUGCUUGGCUUUCACGUCGAAUUCACUUGGUCUGAAGCUCUAGAUUUUAUUUCAGUGAGGGAGAAGAAACCUGAUGGGUAGAUAGAGGAAUGUACUCGCCUAAUUACUGCAGUUAAGGCACAUAUAAAAAUGUUUAUAUUAUUGGACCCAAGCAGAUAGAGGAAUAUACUCGCCUAAUUGUUGCAGUUAAGGCACAGACAAAAAUGUCCAUCAGGGUUAAGAGCAGGCGAUGAGCUGCGGACCCAGGCUUUAAGGAGAUCGCCACUGAAGAUUUCAUAAGCUAAGCUUUUACCAGUGUCGGCCGGCUAAGCUUUCAGCUGUGGAUCCUGACCUCCUUCUGAAGCCUGGAGACCUGACCAGGUGCUAUCUAGAACAAAAACGAAGCAUCCUCCAUUUGGAAGAGGCCAACUAUCAAAAUGUUACCGAAUUUUAAUUACAAGAGUUGAGGAAUAAGCAUCAACCAAUUGAAGAGACAUCUAAAGGUUUAAAGGGGAUCCUGUUGAACUUAUUUAAUAGAUGCAGGUAGAACUGGAGGUAAUCUGAAAGCUUUAGAAGAAAAGGUCGUGUUCGUGGGGAAGAGGGGUUUGCACUUCCUAAAAUGAAGAUGCACAAGACAAUGCAUAAGCAAGAUAUUAAGGGGCAAAGUGGUGAAACAUGACUUCCAAUCCAAGGAACUUCCAUCCACUAGGACUCAACCAGACUAAGGACUAAAAUCAUGCAAUGCUUAAGUUUUACCUUUUAAUCUAGUCAAAUAUACACCUCAAUAUAAGUGGCUUAAUGAAGAAAUUUCAAGGGUGGACAGUGAGAAGACUACUUGGUUAAUUGAUACUUUUGUAAUAUACAGCUUAUUUACAGUCCUGUUUUUCCGUCUUUACCAAACGUUGGGCUGGACCGCCGCGCAAAGCGCGUAACCACGCUAGUUAGUAUGUAUAUAUGUGAACUUAUAAUAUACUUCGUAUAUACGUAAGUGUUAAAAAC